AAAACAUGAAGGCAAUUACAGAAGCUAAUCAAAACCAAGAAGCUGGUGAAUGCAAAACUCCAGUUUUCAAAGAUAAUAAGAAGCUUAAAAGCAAUGAUGAUACCUUCAGCGGGGCUAUUUCUCCUGAUAGUGGCUCUCAUAGUGAUAGUCAGGGAGAAGCUAAAGAGUUAGAAGAGUGCCCAGGUGAUACACCUACAGAUAAGACUGAAUCAAUCCCCCCUCAAAAGCUUAAUUUGAGUAAACUGAAUGCACAAAGUGGUUCAACAAUGGCUUCUCUCACCUCCAAAAAGGACAAUUUAGAAAUAGACUUUAACAACUUUAUGGUAAUCGACAAAAGACUCAGUGGGCGAGAAAGCCCUCAUUCAAAGCAGGAUUACAUUAGCGAAGAUUGAGAUGAAUAUUAUGAUAGUGGUGUUUCAGAAUUUCCCGGAAGAUCUCUUCCCAAAAAGCCUUCAAAUAUCCCUUUCAGCUACGCAUAUGUAGAAGGAAGUGACGAUGAGAGUCAAGAAUGAAGAAUGCAUCUCUCCUUUGGAGAUAGAGUCAAAGAGUACCAUAAUUCGAGGCAAAACAACUCUCUUAUCGAAUCAAGAGAGACCUUAUCUCCUUCUCCGACCAAUGAGGAGAGCUCAAGGAAGCUAAGCUCAUUCAGCUGUGGAGAUAGCUCUUACAAAGAGCAGCAAAAUUUGUUAAGUAAUACCCAAAGAGACAAAUAUUGCAUAAAUAGUUCCAAUAAUGACAAGGCUAAAGCUUAUCUUCAAAAGACAAAGAACUACAACAUGAAUAACUUCUCUCCUAUCUCCAAGCUGAGCAAUAGUGUAAACAGCAUCCUUGAAUGAAUAGAUGAGGAAGAUAGCAGUAUGGAGAGAAUGUCAGAGCAAAACUCCACGCAUACCGUAGACCCUCGCUACCUUUCUAAAGCUAAGCUUGAUGAAUCCUUGAGGAAGACCUCAGCAAUGAACAGUGAAGUUCAGAGAUACUCAAUCCUCUCGAAAAAGAAAAGUGUCGAAGAAAUAUUUAGUAGAGAUGCUCAUAGAAUGAGAAAAAUUAGAUCCCAAAAAGGUCAGCCGAGGCAACAAUAUCUUAUAAAGAACAAGAAAUACGGAGAAAUGGCAUUGUACAUGUACCAUAAAUCCUAUCUGAAACACGACAGAUUCUGCAAAAUUGAAGACGAGGAAGAGGACUGUCUUAGUCUCCUAUGCUGCACGCCUAAGAAAUAAUUUUGCUUAACCUAUAAGUUAAGCUGGACAGUAAA